AUGUCAAGUUGGUCAUCACGAUUCGAAUCUGCCCCCUUGACAGGAACAACACUGGUUAUUCUAGCCACCACCCUGUCCCUCGUCUGGCGCGCUGCCCGGAAUAUUACUCGUAGCAGACAGAGUAGAAUUUACCCAACUGAAGAGCGGGUUCUAAUUAUAGGGGCAUCAAGCGGGCUUGGGCGUGCCGUGGCUAAACAGUAUGCGGCUCGCGGUGCUCGUGUGUGCCUUGUUGCACGGCGCGAAGAACCGUUAUCAAAACUAGCCCAGGAGUGUGGAGAGAAGUGCUUCUGGGUUAUCGCCGACUUCAGCAAGGUAGAAGAUAUGGUGCUAGUAAGGGAUAAAGUAAUUGCAAAAUGGAGUGGUUUGGAUUCCCUUCACGUAUGUGCUGGAGUCUCUGCUGUGCAGCCUGUCAUGAGUCUGGCCAACGUGAAGCCAGGGGAGGAAAAGGACGCAAACAGUAUCGACAUACAGAAGGCUUUGGAUAUUGCUACUCGAACCACCCAGGGAAAUGUUUAUGGACCCUUUGUUGCGGCCGUGACAUUUAUCCCCUUGAUAACGCGUUCUUCAACCUCUCCGUCUAUUCUAUUAGCCUCAUCGAUUGCCGCAGUGAUCCCAGCACCAACACGGGCACUUUAUGCUGCUACGAAAGCCUCGUCACUGCUCUUAUUCCAAUCGCUCGCUAUUGAGCAUCCGAAGAUUACUUUCACCUUCAUCCUGCCAGCAACUAUCGAAGGCAACUUUCGCGCCUCUGCCGUCGAUGCAGACCCAGCAACCGUCAACGCAGGUCCAAACCAGCGCGGUCUCAACGUAGAUUACGUGGCGAAGAGAUGCAUCGAUGCGAUGGAUAGAGAAGUGAGAGGCAAUGUAGUUGUGCCUUGGUUUCCGUAUGGGAUUGCGCAAUACUUGUACAAUAUGUGGCCUUCACUUAUUGAGAAACAAGCGAGGAAGAAGUACAAUUUUUAG